CGCCGCGCUCCCUCCUCCCGCCGCCGCCGCUCCCGGCCGGGCCCCGCGGUCGGACCAGUGCUCUGGCAUUUCCUGCAGCCGGGCCGCGCCGCCAGCUGAGCCCCGCGCGCCCGGUCCGCCGGCCCCGCGUCGCCGCACGAAGCCUCCCAGUGCCCAGGCCAUGAAGGAGGAGGCCUUUCUCCGCCGCCGCUUCUCACUGUGUCCGCCCUCCUCCACCCCCCAGAAAGUUGACCCCCGGAAACUCAGCCGGAACCUGCUCUUCGGUGGAGAGAAUGAGCUGUACCCCCUCAGCCCAGGGAAGGACAUGGAGCCCAACGGCCCGCUGCCACCGAGGGAUGAAGGGCCCCCGACCCCAGGCUCUGCCACAAAGGGGCCGCCGGCAGAGUACAGACUGUACAAUGGUUCCGACAAGGAAUGUGUGUCCCCAACAGCCAAGGUCACCAAGAAGGAAGCUCUCAAGGCACAGAAGGAGAACUACCGGCAGGAGAAGAAACGAGCCACAAAGCAGCUGUUGAGCGCCCUGACGGACCCCAGCGUGGUCAUCAUGGCCGACAGCCUCAAGAUCCGGGGGACCCUGAAGAGCUGGACCAAACUGUGGUGUGUGCUGAAGCCGGGGGUGCUUCUCAUCUACAAGACGCCCAAGGUGGGCCAGUGGGUGGGCACCGUCCUGCUGCACUGCUGCGAGCUCAUCGAACGGCCCUCCAAGAAGGACGGCUUCUGCUUCAAGCUCUUCCACCCGCUGGACCAGUCCGUCUGGGCUGUGAAGGGCCCCAAGGGCGAGAGUGUGGGCUCCAUCACACAGCCCCUCCCCAGCAGCUAUCUGAUCUUCAGGGCCGCCUCUGAGUCGGACGGCCGCUGCUGGCUGGACGCCCUGGAGCUGGCCCUGCGCUGUUCCAGCCUCCUGCGACUCAGCACGUGCAAGCAGGGCCGUGACGGGGAGCCUGGGUCCUCACCAGAUGCAUCACCCGCCUCGCUCUGUGGGCUGCCCCCCUCGGCCGCCAUCCACGACCAGGACCUAUGCCCGCUGAACGGGUCCUCCCUGGAGAACGACGCUUUCUCGGACAAGUCGGAGCGAGAGAAUGCAGAGGAGUCGGAUAACGAGACACAGGACCACAGCGGGAAGACCAACGAGAGCGGGAGCGCCCAGUCAGAGACCCUGGAGGGCCCUGUGCCGAGGGGCACCACGUACGUGGAGCAGGUCCACGAGGAGUUCGGGGAGCUGGGCCAGGCGUCCCAGGUGGAGACGGUGUCGGAGGAGAACAAGAGCCUGAUGUGGGUCCUGCUGAGGCAGCUGCGGCCUGGCAUGGAUCUGUCCCGCGUGGUGCUGCCCACGUUCGUCCUGGAGCCCCGCUCCUUCCUCGACAAGCUCUCUGACUACUACUUCCACGCCGACCUGCUGUCCAGGGCUGCUCUGGAGGGGGACGCCUACAGGCGUAUCAAGCUGGUGCUGCAGUGGUACCUGUCUGGGUUCUACAAGAAACCCAAGGGGAUCAAGAAGCCCUAUAACCCCAUCCUGGGAGAGACCUUCCGCUGCUGCUGGUUCCACCCCCAGACCAACAGCCACACCUUCUACAUCGCGGAGCAGGUGUCCCACCACCCGCCGGUGUCCGCCUUCCACGUCAGCAACCGGAGGGACGGUUUCUGCAUCAGCGGUAGCAUCACGGCCAAGUCCCGGUUUUACGGGAACUCGCUGUCGGCUCUGCUGGACGGCAAGGCCACGCUCACCUUCCUGAACCGGGCAGAGGACUACACGCUUACUAUGCCCUACGCCCACUGCAAAGGAAUCCUGUACGGUGCCAUGACCAUGGAACUGGGCGGCAGGGUGACCAUCGAGUGUGAGAAGACCAACUUCCAAGCUGAGCUGGAAUUCAAGCUCAAGCCUUUCUUUGGGGGCAGCACCAGCAUCAACCAGAUCUCAGGGAAGAUCACAUCAGGAGAGGAGGUCCUGGCGCUUCUCACGGGACACUGGGACCGAGAAGUGUUCAUCAAAGAGGAUGGCCGGGGAAGCGCGGAGCUCUUCUGGAACCCGAGCAGGGAGGUCCGGGGGCAGAGGCUGAGGAGGCGCACGGUGCUGCUGGCGGAGCAGACGGAGCUGGAGUCCGAGAGGCUCUGGCAGCACGUCACCAGGGCCAUCGGCGAGGGCGACCAGCAUAGGGCCACACAGGAGAAGUUUUCACUGGAGGAGACACAGCGGCAGCGCGCCCGCGAGCGCCAGCAGAACCUUGUGCCCUGGAAGCCACAGCUGUUCCGGCUGGACCCCGCCACCCAAGAGUGGCGCUACCAGCAUGAGGACCGUAGCCCCUGGGACCCUCUGAAGGAUGUCGCCCAAUUUGAGCAAGACGGGGUCUUGCACACCGUGCGGCGGGAGACCAUGGCCCACCAGACCACCUUCCUGGGCAGCCCAGGGCCCAGGCACCAGGGGCCUGGCCCAGACCGGCAGUUCCGCAAGGCCAGCGACCAGCCCUCUGGCCACAGCCAGGUCACCGAGAGCAGCUCCACACCCGAGUCCUGCCCAGAGCUCUCCGAUGAGGAGGAGGAGGAGGAGGAAGAGGAGGACGGUGACUUCAUUCCCGGCAGCGAGAGCCCGUGCCCGCGGUGCGGGAAGGAGGCGCGGCGGCUGCAGGCACUGCACGAGGCCAUCGUGUCCAUCCGGGAGGCCCAGCAGGAGCUGCACAGGCACCUCUCAGCCAUGCUGAGCUCCAAAGGGAGGGCCAGGCAGGUGCUGGCCCCAGGCCUCCUGCAGAGCCCCCGCUCCUGGUUCCUCCUCUGCGUCUUCCUGGCCUGUCAGCUGCUCAUUAAUUACAUCCUCAAAUAAGAGCCCUUUGGGGGCAGUGUGGGCGUGGCCUGCAGAACUCGGCCAGCCCCCUCCUCCCUUCCAGGCACCUAGCACUUUCAGCCAGCCCGGGAGAGGCAGAAAGAGCCAUCAAGCGUGGCCCCGGCGGACAGAGAGGCCCACGGGGGCUGGAGGACAGCAGGAGGCACCUGGAGGGCCACACCGGGUCCUCCAGAGGAGCCGCUGACCUUGCCGGUGGGACCCUCCACCCAAUGCCAGCCUUAACGCUAAAGCCAAAUGCAGCUUUCAUCUUGCCUCUCGCCCCCUGGUCAACAUGCCUGCUCGAUCCUGGUCCAGCGUCCACAUGCCCCGCCUGAGUGACGGAGCCGGGCGUGGACGGACUGCCCAGGCUUUGCACGGUCACCCCCCCCCAGCAGGGAUGAGCUGGGGAGCUUUGGCGGGACAAGCCUGGAGUCCCAGAGGUUCCCACGCCUCCUCCGUCCGGAUGCAGAGGGCCGUCCUUCCUGAGAGCCUGCCUGCGCUGCCCAAGGCGUGCUCAGAGGGGCCUCCCGGGGACUCCC